GUUCGGAGGAACAUCGGCGAGUGAGUCAUCUUAUCAGUCAGGUGACUGCCCCGCGGUUGAUCUUAUCAGCACUUUUAUCAGCCGGCAAAAGGUUCCCCCGCGCCUAUAGUUCCCUUCAAACACAGCUUUCCAAAGUACAUAGUGUGAAAACACAAUAUAAAGAUGGUCAUUGUCGCAGUAGCCGGCGGUACCGGCGGUGUUGGCCGCACCAUUGUCGAGGCACUAGUCCAGCAAGCAAAACAUCAAGUCAUCUUGCUGACUCGUGGGGUACCCAAGUCAGACCCUUUGCUUGACCAGAUUCGACAGGUGCAAGUAGAUUACAGCGACACCACGGCGCUGGUACGCAUCUUAGACCACCAUGAAGUGCACACCAUUAUCUCUGCAAUCGGGAUUAUCUCCGAUGAAACAUCUCAGUCUCAGCUCGCGUUGAUCAACGCUGCGGCUCAAUCCUCAGCCACCAAGAGGUUCAUUCCCAGUGAAUAUUCGUUUAUUCAGACUGAAGAUCUCCUUGCGAUCGACCCAAGUAUCAAGUACUGGUUGGCUGCCGCUGACUUACUCAAAACUACCAGUCUUCAAUUUACCAGAGUUAUCCCCGGGUUCUUCAUGGAUUACUGGGGAAUGCCCGUUGUUCGUACUAAUCUUCAACCCUUCACAUUUGGCAUAGACAUCGCCAGCUGCCAGGCGGCUAUUCCCGGUGAUGGCAACGACGUUAUAUGCAUGACAUAUACGUACGAUAUGGCUACGUUUAUUGUACGGUUGCUGGAUGAGGAGGGUUGGCCUGAGUUUAGUGUUAUUGUUGGCUCUCAGACUACAUAUAAUGAGCUCCUCCAGCUAGCUGAAGAGCUACGAGGUAAGAAGUUCCAGGUAGUCUACGACAGCGCAGAUCAAAUCAAGGAAGGAAAUGUCACUAUUCCUCCAAUGCCUACCGACACAGGGUAUUCUGCUGAGGAGCUUAAGGAGACUACGGCAUUAGUGAGUCGGUUGACUAUUGCCGGAGUGUUUGAUUUGCCCCGUGAAAAUCGGUUGAAUGCGAGGUUUCCAGAUAUCGAAACAACUAAGCUCAAAGAUUUCCUAUCGCAAGCGUGGGAAGGCUAUCAAUAACUGCUUUUAUAUAAAUAUUUGACCGGAAUUUUGUCACUUUCCAACAAAAAUAUUUAAGUGCACUCGCC